AUGAAGUACACUGCUGCUCUCAUCGCCGCCGCCGUUGGCGCCAACGCCUUUGCCAAGAACGUCACUUACGUCACUGAGGUCGUUGAGAAGUACACCACUUACUGCCCUGAGCCUACUCAGAUCACUCACGGCACUCAGACCUACACCAUCACUGCUCCCACCACCUUGACCAUCACUGACUGCCCUUGCACUAUCACCAAGCCUGUCAUCACCACCUCGGCUGUUGUCUGCCACACCUGCAACGCUGUCAGCACCCCCGUCAACUUCCCCAACUCCACCGUUGCCUCACCCACUGGCGGUGUCACUCCCACCAAGCCUGGCAAUCCCGGCAAUCCCAGCAAUCCCAGCAAUCCCAGCAACCCCGUCCCUACUGCCGGUGCUGGUAAGGCUGCCGCUCUCUCUGGCGCUGGUCUGGCCGGUGUCGUCGGUCUUGCUGCUUUCGUCCUGUAA